CAAUAAUGGUGUUUCCAUUUGUACACCAAAAUUAUUACACACCGCUGGCUCUCAGUUGUAACAUUUCGGAAAAUUUAUGCCGAGGUUGUACUAAACUUCGUUCGGCUGUUCCAAUUUGUUUAUCUAUAUUUUGCUGGAAUCUGAUUCUCUCUCCUCUCUGUCCAUUUACCUAAAAUUCAACUGCAAAAUUUCAGAAAACCCAGAAUUGAAACUCGGAGCCGGAGAUCGAAGCCGUACGAGAAAUUGAAGAGAAACAAGGGUUUUAAUUUGAUGUCCUCAAAUUUUUUUGGAGUAAUUCCACAAGCUAUGGAAAAGGAGGAUAUAGGCUCCCAUUCAAGAAAAUGGGAGGAAAUGGAUCACGAUGUUCUGGUCAAGAUAUUCCAGUGUUUUGACAUCUUUGGGUUGACCUCUGGGAUUGGUCAGGUUUGUAGCAAGGUUUGUAGCACAUGGCGUUUGGCAGCUUGUGAUCCUUUAAUCUGGAAGACUCUUGAUUUAUCAAUGCUAAAGUCAAACUUCAUUAAAACCCCGUCAGAACCGUAUGUAUACGUGGAUGGACCGUCUGAUAAAACGCUGACCCGAGUCUUGAAGAUUUCUUUGAGCCUCAGCCAUGGAAACAUAACAACCUUGAUUUUCCAUUAUAACCUAUUUGUCAGUGACGAUCAAUUGACUUAUACUGCAGAGAGUUGGAUGAUGAUGUCAACCUAUCUAUACUGCAGAUGCCCACGUCUGAAGCGUCUAGUUAUGCCUGCGUGGAACAGAAUAAAGAAGACUGGAAUAUGUAAAGCUAUUUGUGCGUGGAAAGACCUCGAGUCAUUGACAAUGCCUAGCAUUUCGAACCCUCCAUAUCUAAUCGAGGAAAUAGGCAAAAAUUGCAAGAAUUUUGCUGAACUGAAGAUCAUGGGCCCAUGUCACAUUUUCUUUGCAUCGACACUUGCGGCAUUCCUCCCGAACUUAAAAGUCUUGAGCAUUCGGUGCUCUAUCAUAUUUAAGGAUGCCCUUAACAUUAUCUUGGAUGACUUGAAGAAGUUGGAAGUACUGAACAUCUCUCACUGCGUACUUAUUGAUAGUCCUCCAACUUUACCUCGAAGAGUUCUCGGGGAGCUUGACGAAUCAAUUCUUAAAAAGGCUAAGAGGCUGCGGAAAUUUAUUACGUGCAUGAACGACUCGUGCAUCACAUGCAAGCGCACUAGGCAAGACGAAGGACUGAUGAGGUGGUACAAGUAUGAAGCAGAUUUCUGGAAAGUAGAUGAAGUGAAAUCUCUUGCAAUUUGAAUAAGUUGUUUGGAAAUGGUUAGAAGUGUUGUUUUGAUCCUCUUCUCAUGCAAUUUUCUACUUCUUCUAGAAUUCUAAAUAAGAUCUGUGUAGAUUAAUGACAAAUAGAAGUCAUCCUUUGGAGACUGGAAAAGGUGUAACAUUUUUGUUACCUGCUAAUGCUUAAUUUACUAAGGGGAUUUCAGAUUUGAGUUGUUC